AUAGUGCUAGGUCUAUGUAUUAUCUAUCGCUUUUGCUUUGCAUCUACUUUCUCAUUUUCAUGAUGUUAUUUUUCUUAUGGUUUUUAUUGGUGGUACUGAUAUUGUCUCUUUUCGUCUUCCUGAGCCGAGAGUCUUUCGGAAACAGCCUUUCUAUUCCCUCGGGGUAGGGGUAAGAAUUUUGAUAAUUUACAAAAUGGGAGGAAGAGUUCAACACAUCCAGCUGGGAGGUCCAAUGUUGAUUAAGGAAAUUGUGAUAGGUUUUGUGUGUGCAUGUGCAGCAGGUGGUGCUUUUAAGAUGUGGCAUUGGGAUAUGCAGAAAAGGAGUAAGAAUUUCUAUGACCAACUUGACAGAGGUGAGGCCACUGUUGUUGCUCAAGAGUAUUAACCCCUCAGCCUUCUCCCAUGUCGAAAACCAGUCAACUUGACAGAGGAAUAUUCUGAGAUAUGAAUAAUCAUUGAGACACUGCAUUUAAUUUUUUUUUGUUUUCUUUAUUAUAUUACGUGAAUUACAUCUAUUAGUUCGUGUACGUCCAUGUUUGGUUGUGGAACUGGCUUCGUCUGCAUUGAAGGAGAAAUAAGAUCUACAUAUGACAUGUCUAUAGUCUUUCUUUCUCUUUUCA